CCCAAGUUCGCUUCGUCACACCCGUGCCUGACUUUGUUGCUAACCGCCAUUGUCGUUGCAAACCGAUUCUUCAACCUGACUUUGCGGCUUACCACCACUCUCCUGAUUAUAAAGACCAAUCGACAUCCUCUAAGCUACCUCUGCGCUGUCGCCGCCCCGGUCUUCGCCGAGGCCUUCUUCCAUCGACUUGAUCGUCGCUUGCUUGACAUCCAGCCCGCCGGCGCUUGCUGCAUCCUUUGAGAAAGGAUCGUUCCAUCUCCGCUAUCUCGAGCCUGAGAUAUUGUUCCAUUGAAGCCUGCGCAAAGAUCCUUACGGCCGCGGAUACGCACCACGAGGCUGACAAGCUCUCGCUGGUGCUAUGCCUCCUAGGAAGAGACAGUCGGACGCUUCACGUCGAAAAUCGCGCCAGAGUGAUGUACAACCUGGUGACCCAAUUCCCAACCGAGGCAAGCGACGCUACAGACCCGGCACAGUUGCUCUCAGGGAAAUCCGAAAAUACCAGAGCGGCACCCAGCUUCUGCUGCGUCAGCUUCCCUUCUCUCGACUUGUCCGCGAAAUUGCCGAGUCGGUAAGACCCCGGGGAGAGGCGAUGCGGUGGCAAUCACAAGCAAUACAGGCACUUCAAGAAGCCGCCGAGGCUUUCUUGGUUCACCUGUUUGAAGAUACCAACCUCUGCGCUAUCCACGCCAAGAGAGUGACCAUUAUGCAAAAGGAUAUUCAGCUUGCCAGGCGCAUUCGGGGCGUCUGGGGUGGAUUGGGUUGAUUUCAUUACGCAUAGAGCCACAAGGCGAGAGAAACUUUUGCGCGGCUACCAUGAGCCACUUGAUUCCUGUCAUUGCUGUACAAUAUACCCAGGUCAUUGGUGGCGGUGGUUGGGUACGGAGUCUAAGGUGUUGGUGGCAUUUUAUUUUUGUAUUUUUUCUGCUCCAACUCAAUUGAAUGUAGGGACCAGGACACGGUCAUAUACUGUAGUAAGUGUUGCGUAAGGAGAGGGAGGCAUUCUCGAUGGUUGGGAAUGUCGAAGGGACAUUCCACUGCGUUGCUGGAAGAGUGGUGAUAACCAGGCACAUUAAUAGCAUUGCAUUAUAGUG